AUGAGCAGAGAAAUUGUGAAAACUCAUCUCUUUAAUCUCAGGCUUUACAAGGUUGAUGUGCCUGAGUCCAACGUAACUAAACAGAUCUUCGACUACAUUGUCUCUAAUUUCUCUUUCAAGGAUCUUGAGAUCGUACCCCCCGCAUGUCCCGUCCUCGUCUUUCACUUUCAUUGUGCGUAUGCUGGUCAUAGUGUCCCUGUAGUUGGCAUUGUACCAUUAGCACGUUGUGUUUUGGGCAUGUUGGGAACGAAAGAGUCAGUUCUUAGUGUUGAAGAUGCAAUAACCAGAAUUGUACCAAUUGCUCCACCAACGACGGAGAUUAUAGAUUGUUAUCAAAGUUCGGACCUGUGCAGUCUCUGUGAGAAAGGAUAUCCGAAAAAAGAUGAGAUUGUUCAUAAGACAAGAUGCAAUAACAUAUUUCAUGCUACAUGUAUCUCUCGUUACUUGUUGAGCACCCCUCAGUGUCCUGUUUGCUCUACUCACUUGCCACCUGUUAACAUCCGAACUCUCCUCUUUGUCUAA